AGUUACUUAUCUUAAUAUUUGAUUGCUAAAAGAUGAUUAAAUCCUAUGAAUUAAUUUAACGGUGUUUGAAAAUUUAAAAUUUCAAAAAACCUUACAAUUUUCGAAACUCAUUCAAAACCAUACAAAAGGAAUUUGUACUGUGACAAUUGACUUUGACCAACAACACAAUGUGUAGGAAGUCGGGAACUAAAAACCAGGAUCUUGUUGGAUAUAAAUCAAAUACAAAAAAACAGAAAAGUUAAUUUAAUUAAGAAACUUAGAUGAAUUAAGAAAAACAAAUAUGCGAUCGUCCGCAAUAUCAUAUAGCAGCUAUCAAAUGCAAAAAACUAGAAGUCUCUAAGUGCUUCCAGUUCUGAUAAAAACAGGCAGCCAGCCAGACAAAGUGGACCUAUAAGCGCAUUGUUUCCUGUCAUCUGAUACAAAUCAGAGUUACUAAUAGCGUUUGGAUAAUAUAUGCCGCAGAUCUUUCAUCAGAGACAUCUAUUAAAUAGUUAAUAGCACUGAUUUGACAUUACUUCAAUCUUAAAAUAUUAAAAAUCCUAUUUUUAAAUGUAGACGUCAUAAGUAAACAUUUGACUAGAUUAAAAAAUUUCGUUUUAUUUUGUUUCUUUGAUAAGAAUAAUUGAGUGAACUUUUCUGAUAAUCUGCGGUCAUUUUAGAGGAGUAUAUUCAGUAACGAAGUUGUCUGUGAAUACAAAAUAUCAUUUUUUUUGGUAGAAUGGAAAAAAGGCUUUCAUGGCUUAUUUUUGUAUAUAUAAACUUUGUCCUUUCACUGGACAUUGAGUGUGAAUAUGAUAUUUUCGAUAAUCGUCAUGCUUAUGGAGACAAGUAUCGAUGCUUAGUUAAAAAUGAUAUCGACAUUGACUUACCAGACGAGGUUCAAAUUGAGUCAAUUACAGGUGAUCAUAUGAGUGGGAAGAGUGACGACAAUGAGAUGCAUUUCCACAUAAGCGACAAAAACAUUCAAUAUUUCCCACGUGGCAUGCAAAAAUUCUAUAAAAAUCUCAAAGGAAUUAUCAUUUGGCACAGUCAGCUUAAAGAGAUUCAUCAGGAUGACCUAAAACCUUAUCCUGGUCUUAAUAAUUUGUAUUUGUCUGGAAAUGGCAUUGAAAUCAUUGAAGAUGGACUUUUUGACUACAAUCCAGACAUUAAAGUGAUAAUAUUUGAAAAUACUAAACUUUUUCACAUCAGUCCGACUGCUUUUAAUAAUUUGGCGAAGCUGAAAACUUUAUUUUUUAAUGGCAACAUUUGCACUAAUUUGUACUCAGUUAAAAAUCGAGCAGUGACUCUUAAAGUUAUCAAAGGUGUGAAAAAUUCAUGCACAAGCUUAGAAUUCUUGAGUUUGAGGAGAAAGCUUGACAAUCUUGAACAAAUCUCAAAGAAUUUAAACUUUGCAAACUCACAAAUAUUCAGUCAAAACCUUAUAAACUUUCAAGAGCUAUUUACAGCUUCAAAAUUUGCAAGUUUCUCGCCAUUUAAGCAAAAAUUCCAAAACUUGAUAGAAUUGAAGAUUACGUCGCCUACUGAAGAUUCAUGCAGGAGUAAAGAAAUAGGUUUGGAAACUCUUAAACAUAAAAUUGAUACGGACCUCUUUGACACUCAACAGAACAUGUUAAAAGCAAUGGAUUCAAAGAUUGAGGAGCUUGAAACCCGUUUAACAAGAAAUAUCGAAGCGAUUUUGGAAGAGAAGCUAGAAAAGGUCAUGAUUAAUGUUAAUAAGCUUAUUGCAAUGAUUUGA